AUGGAAGAAGGCCUGCAGCUCAUAAACCAAGAAAGGAUUAGUCAUGGAUACACAAUACAUCAUUUCAGAACAUACAACAAGCACUGUAAUAGAAUGAAAAGGGAAUACUUCAGACAGAACCACGAUCUUUACCUUAUUUAUAGUUUAGAAUCUAAUCUGGCCAAGUUUAAAAUGUUAAACUCAAUAACCUUCUUAUACAAGAACAAAAGACUGUUGAAGAAAAGUGAUGCUUCUAAAAGUGAUUUUUCAAGGAUUUAUCUGAGGUAUGUCCUGUGUUUCAUUGAGAAUGAAAAGAACAGUUUAAGUAUUGAUGAUUUGGUCAGUCUAAGACAUGAACUGGCUGAUUACUACUCUUUUUUAGAUGACAUUUAUCGUAUGAACGACAACAGACAUGAUUUUGAACAGUAUAAAAUAAAAUACAAAUGGCAUGAUGUUUCACUUCUAUUUGAAACUCAGAAAAUUUUAGACUCCUUUCUUAACAAUUCAUUCUUUCUGAAUGACUUUCGAUUCAAUACACAGCUAGCCUUGAAAAUUUUGGAUGUUGAAAAUAAAAAGAUGGAUCUUUUUGAUUUUGUAAAGACUGAAAACGAUCCAUUUCAUGUCUUUGAUCGUGUAAAUAUUCUCUUUUCUAGAGUCUGUGAACUUGAACGGUUCCUAAAUGAAAACUUUGUUGAAUCGGAGUAUGUUCAACAGCUAAAAAACUCAAGUGAAAAAGUACUUGGGUUUGUUAAGAAAGUAAUGGAAUAUAACAGUGGAGUGUUACAUUCUGACAUUGAUUCAUUUACCGUUCCUGCUCAUUUUGAAUUAAUCUCUGACCACUUAGAAAGUAUGAAAAAGAAUAAAAAGGUCAAUCCAUCAAAACUCAGAUCAGUUCUUUUAGGUAUUCUCGAGAAGAGACUUGCUGUUGAUGUUACAGAGAGAAGCAUGCCAUUUCUACCUGUGUUUUAUGAUAUUGCCAAUGAUUUUAUCACGUAUUCAUCCGUUGAUAAUUCUAUUGCUGGGCUUUUACAAGAUUUCAAUUUUCUCCGUAGAAAAUAA